AUGCCUUUUCGCCCUUCCCUCGAACCCACCUUCGGCGCUCCGGGCGUCUGGUGCCCUGCCGACCACGAUUUACCGGCACUCCUUUUCGCGUUCAUGCCAGAGCUAGUCUGGACAGAUCCUGUCGACAAGUCAUAUACCUGCUUGUUAUUGUCUCCGACGUACGUCAAGGACGAAUCCAUGAUGAGAUACGGAAUGUUCGAGUAUGUCACGGUGGGCCGACGACGCGUCCAACUCACCUUCCAAAUACGGCUUGCACUGGGAAAAUCCACCUUACCCACCAACGCCGAUGAAGAGGUCGUAGGGCCGCCUCCGAUUUCGCCAAUUCCACGCCAUCGGCCUCCAUUUCAGACGUGGCCAGAUCUCAGAGGAGAGAGCACCCCUGAUCACGGAACCCACCAUCAUCGACCCCACAUCCCGUCGUAUACCAUGACAGAUUUACCAGGCACACCAGACGCAACGCACCCACUCAGCGCGCAGGAACUAGAAGCGGGGCUCAUCUACGCCGUGCUCACCUACCGGGGCGAGCUCGCCUCCUGGAACUGGGCCUUCUUCGUCCCGAACCCCAGUGUCGCGCCGAUCGGCACCUCCGGGACCAUGUUCCACGUCGUCGAGACCGAUUCAGCGGGCGUGUGGCGCUUCGAGGUCGAGUCGCGCGACGUCAUCUCCUCGCCGCUUGUGGUCGCCAUCCUGCGGCUCGCGGACGUCGGCUUCUUGGGCGACUAUGACGACGUGGUAGGCAAGGACAGCUUGCUCCCCAUGUUCCGCACCGUGGCGAUUCCCGCGCAGGCAUCGACGGAGUUCAGUAGCAGGACGUGGUUCCUCGAAGCGAUUUGCGUCUUGCAUGACUGUGGAGUGGUUCAGUGCGAUGAUGUGUGGCUGCUCGAGAGGGAGAUUAGGAGAUGUGCGUUCACGGCGAUGGAUAAGUACUUGGAAAACAAGGGUGCGUGA